UCUCUCUCACACAAAGGCUUUAAAUUCUCUGUUUACUCUCUCUGUCCCUCUAAAACGCUUUCUAUGAUUCACUUCGUCUCUCUAUUCCUUUGAUUCUUUCUCUCUCUCUCUUUUUUUUUUUUUUUCCCGUUCGCCGGAAACUUCAAUAUUCCGUUCCUGUUGAUUUUCCGGGACCAAAUGCCGGCGAACCCACAACUUCCCGAUCCCACUCGACCUCACAGCGCCUUUUAAUCUCUCUCUCUUUCUGCUCAAUCUCUGUUCUUGUCUCUAAAGCGGAAAAAGAACGACACAACGAUGUCUGUCUACGAUGCAGCGUUUGUGAACUCGGAGCUCUCAAAACCCACCUCGAUAUUCGGACUCCGACUCUGGGUGGUCAUCGGAAUUUUCGUGGGUUCACUAAUCGUCCUCACCCUCUUCCUCCUCUCACUCUGCCUCACCUCUCGCCACCGAACCAAGCAGCACAAAUCCAAGUUGGGGAAGAACAACGCCGCCGCUAGGGACUCGCCGACGCCGGUAAUUUCCAAGGAAAUACAGGAAAUCGUGCACCACCCGCAGCCCGAAAUCCACGUGGAGAUCGGGAAGCCGGAGCACCGGGUCGUGGUGUUCUCGGACAGGGCGUCCAGCGGUGAGAGCAGGGGGACCAUGAUGAGUGGGUGCGAAACAGCGUCGUUGGGGAGCGGUGGCAACGUGGGGCCCGGGGUGUCGCAUCUUGGUUGGGGUAGAUGGUACACUCUGAGAGAGCUUGAGGCGGCGACUAAUGGGUUGUGUGAGGAAAAUGUGAUUGGGGAAGGUGGGUAUGGGAUUGUGUAUCAUGGGAUUCUUGUUGAUGGAACCAGAGUUGCUGUGAAGAAUCUCUUGAAUAACAGGGGUCAAGCUGAGAAGGAAUUUAAAGUGGAGGUUGAAGCAAUUGGGCGUGUGAGACAUAAAAAUCUUGUAAGAUUGCUUGGAUACUGUGUUGAGGGUGCAUACAGGAUGCUUGUUUACGAGUAUGUUGAUAAUGGUAAUCUGGAUCAGUGGCUUCAUGGGGAUGUUGGUGAUGUCAGUCCACUAACAUGGGAGAUCCGUAUGAACAUUAUACUUGGAACUGCAAAAGGUUUGGCCUAUCUCCAUGAGGGUCUUGAACCUAAGGUUGUCCAUCGUGAUGUAAAAUCCAGCAACAUUCUACUUGAUCGUCAAUGGAACUCUAAAGUAUCGGAUUUUGGUCUUGCUAAGCUCCUGUGUUCUGAGAGGAGUUAUGUGACAACUCGUGUGAUGGGAACCUUUGGUUAUGUUGCACCAGAAUAUGCUUGCACUGGGAUGCUUAAUGAAAAGAGUGAUGUUUAUAGUUUUGGAAUUCUUAUCAUGGAGUUAAUUACUGGAAGAAGCCCUGUUGAUUAUAGCCGACCUCAAGGAGAGGUUAAUCUCGUUGAGUGGCUGAAAAUCAUGGUUGGAAACAGAAAAUCUGAGGAAGUGGUAGAUCCAAAGCUGCCUGAGAUGCCAAGUUCUAAAGCACUUAAACGUGCUUUGUUGGUUGCUCUUAGAUGUGUCGAUCCUGAUGCAACAAAAAGACCAAAAAUGGGGCACGUGAUCCACAUGCUUGAGGCAGAUGACUUACUAAUUCGUGAUGAACGCAGAAUCGCCAAAGAUAUUUCCCAAUCUCAUCAUGAUUAUCAACAGGACAAUCAUGUUUUUGUGAAGAUAGGUGAUAAACAAUCGGAUGAUGGAACUUCUGAUACAACUGAAGGUGAUGGUGAUAGGAAAUAUCCUCAGCCAACAAGGUGGAGAUAAUGCCAUUGGAGGAUUAGGUGACUAACAGAUUAAUUUCUAGUUUUUUGAAAGCUCAUUUUACCUUCUCCUUUUACACCAAGUAUUUUUCGCUGUACCUUCAAUUCCAGAAAACAAUAAUUUGCAUAUGUUCUAUGCCUAGAUACAUAUCUUUUCAGAUGUACCCUGCAUCAAAAUAGGAUGCAUUAGUAGAAUUUUGAGAAAUUCAUUCAUCAUUCUUAUAGGAAUUAUAGGUCAUCAAUAUCCUUUUGUUUGUAAAACAAGACAUGUGUUGAUAGUGCUACACUAAAAAAUACGUUCUUUCUCAGUGUUUACAUGAUAAAAAGUAAAUUAUCUGUAUCUCCUCAAAACUUUGAUUGUCUCUUUUCUACCUCCAUUAAGAAAUUGAUUACUCAUCAUGCUUGGGCUUCCAACUUUUUGUUACAUCACUGCCAGCCUCAAAAAAACUAGAUGGGCAUGAGUGGUGGGUCCAAUUCCCAGCUACUUUCAUAGAAGCACUAAGAUUACAUCCACAUCAAGCCAACUUCAAAUUUGGAUGGUUCUGCAAAAUGGACCCAGUAGCCAGCUAAUUGAGUUGAAACUUCUGCUGCAGUCUCUAAUUCAUGUGCUCUUCCUUGUCCUUAUUGGGGUUAGCAAGGCAGGGCAAACCCAGAUCUGGAUUGGAAAUUGGGGGGUCAUGGAUUUUUGUUUUCUCAUCAAUGCCAGAACAUGCUGUUGCUAUUGGGCAGCUUCAUUAAUGUUGACAUAUUGUUGCCAUAAAUGAUUAAGGUGGCCUUGGAUGUUUAUGGGGGGUUGCCCUUUUUGUCCCUUGUUGUGCGGCCUGCAAUUAUGCUAGCUUUUGGUUGAUUUCUUAGGGAACUGGUCUUAAUUCUUCCAAACUGUUUGAUGAGCACAAUUAUGCGUCUGUAGAUUAUAAUAUUUUUGGCUUUGUUCUA